UUGUAUAUCACCUAUCGAACUUGUUAACGAGGAACUUAUACUAGCUUCUGGUGAAUAUCACAUGGUAUCUAAGGAUAAGGAUUUCAGGAAAAAAGAUCCCCUAAGUGAUGAUACUGACAAGGUACAAGGUUUGUUGCAAGAAUUGUCUAUACCCGAAGAACCUGAAGAAGAAAAUGAUAGUGAAGAGACAAGUCUCGUGGAAAAACGUGUCAUGAAGGCCAACCAAAAUGAAAUUUUGUGUUGGUAUCAAUUCAUAGAAAGCUUUGAAAAAAGAGUCAAGGAGAUCAUGAAUAGUAAUAGCAGGUUUAAUGAUCAACAAGCUAGAACCCGAGUAUAUGAAGAA